AUGAUUAGAAUCCCGCCAAAUGGACCCACCAAAUCAAGUGCAACCGGAGCAUGGAGCUCAUCAGGAGCAAGAGACACCCACUGCUACUGGGAGAUUCUAGCCGACGUGCUACGUGUCAUCGACGCGCCACCUGGUACACGGGACGAGGUUCGAGACACAGUUUUACAGAAGAACGUUCAGGUGGCGGCCAGAAUUGCGCAAGAGGCGGACCGCAUCGACCGAAACCCUCGACUCUCUCCAGCUCCUAACGAUCGCACCCCUUCCAAUCCCGCCGACUAA